AUGUUUGCCCAGCUGCCCGGAGACCUUGGCCGAAUUCCCAUCUUCCGCGAGGAAGAUUUCUACGGCACGGGGCUGCGAUGCUUGGAAGAGCUGAUCCAAGUCCGGGGCUACCCCGUAGAAUCCCGAGAAGUAGUGACCGAGGACGGAUACGUACUCGGCAUCUACAGGAUACCGCGAGGGAGGCUGGAGACCGAAGAGACCACAACUGGUUCGCCUUACCUUGACUGUGACGGCGCCAGCAGACCCCCCCUGCUUCUCGUGCACGGUCUUUUGGGCUCGGCCGUCACGUGGGUGACCAAUUACGCAGACCAGAGCCUCGGAUACGUGCUCGCCGAUGCUGGCUACGACGUCUGGCUCGGCAAUCUGCGCGGAAGCACACUCGCCCGCAAGCACGUAAAGCUCAACCCGGACAGUAACAUCAGUUUCUGGGAUUUCACGUUCGAUCAGAUGAUCGAAUACGAUGUCCCUGCCAUGAUCGACUACGUGCUCCGAGAGACGGGCAACUCCAGACUCGGCUACAUCGGCCACUCCCAGGGGACGCUCAUCAUGUUCGGCUUACUGUCGUCGGUGCCCGCCUACAAUGAUAAGGUGGGACUCUUCGUGGCGCUGGCCCCGGUGGCCACACCAGUUCACGCGAUUUUCAUUGCAAGGCAGCAGUUGUUAGCGCUGUCCGAGAGACCAUCGAAACCCCUGUGGAAGAAGAUCGCAGACAAGCCCUGUCGCAUGCAGGAGUCGCUGUAUCUCUGCGAGUCCGUGUGGAGCACCAUCUUUGGACCGUCCGUCAUGUUCAACGUGCUUGUCAAAACUGGCCGUUUCUGCAAGUACGACUACGGCGCAGCGAAGAACAAGGAAAUCUACCGUCAGACUGCGCCCCCUUGCUAUCCCCUGGAGGAAAUCCGUGCUCCCGUCGCCAUAUUCUGGGGACACGGGGACACGCUCUCCAGGCCGCAGGACGUCGACCGAAUCCGCAACCGCAUCUCCAGCAUCGUCGUCGACGAGCGCGUCGGGUCUGGCCCGUUCAACCACGUCGACUUCAUCUACGGAGUCCACGUCAAGCGUGUCCUCUACGACAGGAUGAUACAAGUCAUCGGACAGUUCUACAGCACGUGCCUAACUCGUUCCACUUCUGAGUCGACAACUGCGACACCGCACGAAAAUGCCAAAUCCUGAUGUCGGAUCGCAAACACAGCCCAGUCGCAUCGAG